AUGGCUGCUAUAAACCGCACAAUACUUGGCAGGUGCCUCGACAGAUGGUUCGCCUGGACAAGAGGGCUCCCAGCAGAGCGCUGCAAUUACUCCAUGCAGGAUCUGAAGAUCCCAAUCGAUACUAAGAAUAAAGUCACGGCAAAACUCUACCUUCCGCUCGACUACAAACCCUGUGGCACGAUCCUUAUCCGAACACCAUAUGGUAUCGAUCUACUAUCCAGUCUCCCUCUGGCACGAAUGUGGGCCGCGCGAGGAUACCAAGUCCUCCUCAGCAGCUGCCGUGGCACGGCCGGAUCAGACGACGAACUAGUGCCUGGCGUAAACGAGGCAAAUGAUGGAGCAGCAGUCGUCACAUGGAUGAGGGACCAACAUUGGUACAGUGGAUCUUUUGCUAUGCUGGGAGGAUCUUAUCUGGGGUACACUCAGUGGGCAAUCCUCCGCGAUCCACCAUCUGACUUCAAAGCCGCCGUCAUCCACACCGGAGUGCAUAGCUUUCAUGACUUGAUAUGGGGAACAGGCGCAUUGGGUUCCUUCAUCAUUGCGUGGGCGGACCUGGCUUCUUUCAUGAACCGAGGAGUAGGUUUCAUCCGAACGAUUCUUCACUUCAAAAGCCAGAACAAGCGAUUGAAACCGGUGUAUGAUACUGUGCCGCUACUAGGUGCCAUCGAGCAACAUUUUGAGGGUGAUCCACCGACUUGGCUACGGAACUUUAUUACGAAUCCUGAAGCAACGAGCGAGGUGUGGAAAGAGGAUAACGUAGCGGAUGCGCUGCGCAAAGCCAAUAUCCCGAUUUUUCUCACGGCAGGCUGGGACGAUCUAAUCUUACCCCAAGUAAUGCAGCAGUAUUCCGCGUUGACUGGCCGGAACUGCCCAGUUGCGCUCACCAUCGGACCAUGGACGCAUCUAGGUGCGCAGCGCCAGAGCAAGCUUUCAGACACGCUCGCAUGGUUAGACCAGCAUAUCGCAGGUCUAGAGGGCAACACUCGACGGGCGCCCGUGCAGGUCUAUGUCACUGGCGCGAGUGAGUGGCGGGAUCUUGCAAGAUGGCCGCCACCCUCGCAGUCCUAUGAAUUGUUCCUACGAGUAGGAGGGAAGUUUACCGUCGAGCCACCAUCCCCAAGUGACACUACAUCCACCAGCUUUACAUUCGACCCCGCGGACCCGACGCCGUCUGUUGGACAUCCCCUACUGUUCGAUGACGGACCAGGUAGAGCCGGCGGCAACACCGCUCUUGCAACACGCAAAGAUGUCCUGACGUUCACCACCGAGCCUUUAGAUUCCGACCUAGAAGUCUGCGGGCAACCCCUCCUCGAGAUUCACCACUCAACCUCAUCUCCGCACGCCGAUCUCCUCGUGCUGAUGAAUGAGGUCGAUGCCAAAGGAUUCUCACGUGGUAUCAGCGAGAAGUACAUGCGGCUCCCUAUUCCGCGCGACUCUGGAGCUAUAGAGGUUAUUCUAACGGAUUGUGCACACCGGUUUCGUAAGGGAAGCAGGAUCCAGGUGAUUGUAGCUGGCGGGUCGCAUCCGAAGUAUCUGCGGAAUUUGGGCACUGAGGAGAAUGCGGUUACCGGAGUGGAAAUGCAAAAAGUCGAGCAUACUGUACACCAUGGGUCUAGUAUGGUGUCUAGGCUGGUCUUGCCUGUAACCCCGAUAGAUAAAUGA